UGAGUUUCAAAGUUUCCAUCACUGAACUGAUGACAUCUUGAAUUUUCCAAGGUUUACUGAACAAAGCCCAAGUAAUGCCUGAACAUGCUGAAUACGAUAAAAGUUGAACUUACACUUACUUUUCCAUAUCGUUCAAUAUCCCACAGUGCCAAAAAGCUCAAGAAAAAAAUAAUUACCAUAGACAACAUACACCAAGGCAUAAGGAACAUGGAGGUUCCUCUUAGAUACCCUAUUUUACACCGAGCGCAACAGCUCGAAGAAGAAGUGAAAAGAGGCGCGGAAAAACAUUUCAAGAAAGUGUACAGAGCAAACCUAGCCGACUCUCAGGCUAUGGGUCAGAAACCUCUAACCUUCCUCCGUCAAGUUCUUAUACUUGUAACUUACCCAGGGUUGAUGAAAGAUUCCCGAUUCGCAAGUGACGCUAAGGAAAGAGCCAGGAUCAUAUUGGCCUCUUGCAGAGGCCACUCAAUCGGUUCGUACUCUGAAUGUUCCGGAAUCGACAUCAUCAGGAGACACUGCGCAGAGUUCAUCGAAAGAAGGGAUGGCAUCCAUUCUGACUGGCAGAACAUAACUUUAUCGUCUGGCUCCAGCGAAGCCAUCAGGAAUGUUCUCAAACUUAUUGCAUGGAAGGUCGAUAAGAAGCCCACAGGUGUUUUGAUGCCAAUUCCUCAGUUUCCGCUCUACAAGGCUUUUCUCCAGGAUUUGCUCAUCCAUCCUGUGCGUUACUACUUGAGCGAGGAGAAGAAUUGGAGUGUGGAUGUGGAAGAGUUAAAAAGGGCUUACGAAGAGUCAAAGAACAUCUGCACCCCAAGAGCCUUGCUGGUCAUCAACCCCGGGAACCCCACCGGACACGUCCUAACCCUUCAAAACAUACAGGAAAUCAUCAAAUUCGCCUUCAACCACAGCCUCUUGAUACUGGCGGACGAGGUGUACCAAGAGAACAUCUACAUUCCUACCUCAACCUUCCACUCCUUCAAGAGGGUCUUGAUAGAGAUGGGCCCGCCAUACAGCGAGGUAGAAUUGGCCAGUUUCAUGUCUGUAUCUCAUGGUUACGCCGGAGAAUCAGGUCUUCGAGGUGGUUACGUAGAGAUUGUGAAUAUGAGCCCGGACGUUUACGAGAUGUACCUGAAAUUGUUGUGCUUGAACUUGUGUCCUUCGGUGCUUGGUCAGGUGGCUUUGGACGUCGUUGUCUAUCCGCCGAGGGAAGAUGAGCCAAGUUUCGAGGACUUCUCGAUGGAGAAAAACGAGAUUAUGGAUUCGUAUAAGAGGAGAGCGAAGUUGUUCACGGAUACCAUCAGAGAUUUGGAGGGUAUCUCUUGCAACCCUAUAGAAGGUGCUUUCUACGUCUUCCCGAAGAUCGCCAUGUCGCCCAAAGCCGUCCAGGCUGCCAGACACGACAAGAAGGUGCCGGAUUUGUUUUACGCCCAUCAACUUUUGGAGAAAACCGGAGUUUGCGUCGUGCCAGGAUCGUGUUUUGGACAGAAGAAGGAUACGUGGCAUUUUAGAGCGACGAUAUUACUUCCGGAGUGUGAGUUGGUGGAGAUGCUGAAGGGUUUCAGAGAGUUUCAUGUAGGAUUUAUGGAUAGGUAUAAGUGACAGGUGUGAUUUCGGGUAUUUGAUGGAGGAUUGGAUUAUUUUUUAGGAAUAAAUGGAUUAUUAGGAUGUAUUCAAUGAAAAAAUAUUAAA